AUGUGGGAAGACGAACGUACUGAUUUCUGCAUCUCUCUUUACAGGACGACUUUCACAGCCUACCAGUUGGAGGAAAUGGAGAGGGCGUUCGAGCGCGCCCCCUAUCCCGACGUGUUUGCCCGGGAAGAUCUCGCAAUUAGAAUAGGCCUCAGCGAGUCUCGAGUGCAGGUAUGGUUUCAAAACAGAAGAGCAAAAUGGCGUAAAAAGGAAACGCCAAAGAAAACUAUUAACUACAGCACAGCGCUGACCUCCAUCUCUCAAAGCCCGUAUUCAGCAAACUACCCUGCCUCCACGGACCGGUGGCCCGUCAUGCCUGCUUACGACCCUCUUCAGCAGAUGAACUCCCGGCUUCCCUACAUGGCCAUGCAGUAUUAUCCCGUCUCGCCGACCGCAACUGGGAACGUGACGUCAGCAAAUGGAAGUCACGAGCUGUUCAUGACGUCAGGGUACUCCCCUACGUCACAAGACGCCGCGUACUCCCACCUGAAUUGUGCUUCCUUGGACCUGCGCACUGGCUAUGAUUUGAUGGGGAAAGAGAUGAAACUGAACGGGAAAGACACUCUCUCGUUGCAUUAUUAACUUUUGUCUUCUUCCGCGUCACGAUUGUAUUAUACCCCGAUGUGUAUAUUUAUUUUUAAAAAAUCGAGAAAUUAGACCAAAAAGCGUGUAAGAAGAACUUUGCUCAUAAGCAUAUCGACUAGAUUUAAUCAUUAAAAAGCAAUAAGAAAUUUGCACUGAGCAUAUUUUAAUAAUUUGAUAUCUUCCAUUUCUUUGUGCGCUGUUUUGUAUAACUACAAAUAUAACAGACUAUCAAAGUCGAAAUGGAAAAUGGAGAAGUGAAAACAAAAUGGAGACACGAACUAAUUUGUCAAAACCCAGGUGUUAAUAUCGCCUUUACAUUUCCAAUGUUAUACAUUUAUUUUCUUAAUUUCACCUUUAAAUAUUGUUACCUAGUUAAAUAGCUUAUUAAUUGGGGUAAGAGUCGUGGUUAAGUCUAUCACAGCAUCUACAAGAAUUAUGAUUAAUACUACCCAAGAGCCCGCUGCAGCCACCAUCCCCGAAACAAAUUAUCUGGCCAACUUUUUAUCCAGUAGGGAAGACAAGACAAGAGACACUUAUAUGCCGGUGUGGCAGCAAUGGUAGUCCUCGGGAUGGAAGUCCGGGUUCUCAUGUGAUCAGUACAGGUUAGGGUUAGUCGAAGUAUUGGGGUG